AUGAGAUUACUCAAUCAUCUACUACCCGUCGUCCCCCUGCUUCAAACUGCGUCCUCCUCUGGACCUGUUGCUAUAAUCGCCCGCCCUUCCCCAGCAAACGAAACUAGGGUAGUUCUCGGUGAUACCUUUACUGGAGAUGCAUAUAUCGAUGCCAGCCACGCGGACAAUGAGAUCUGGAUUGGCAACGUUUUGUUUACACCUUCCGCACGAACUCAUUGGCACACUCAUGAAAAAGGACAACUGCUACGCGUCAUCGCUGGAUCAGGAUGGGUUUGCGAUAAAGGGGCUAGUCCCCGACAUUUAAGAGUUGGCGAUACUGCUUGGUGUCCUCGGGGAGUUACUCACUGGCAUGGAGCUGAGGAAGGAAGCUUUUUGGUUCAUGAGGCUAUUGCCUACGGAGCCACAGAAUGGUUGGGCGCCGUGGGGAAUGAGGAGUACGGUCAAGCAGGAUGUGUUGACUGCUGA